AUGGGACCACUCAGCUCAACAGCACCUCUGCUACGACGACGACCACCCCAGCCAACGCUCAGCUUACAGCACCUUCUUCAGCCCAAACCAUUCACUCGAUCAAUCAACUUGGCCCAGCAUCCAACAAGCCUCGUUCGAUCGGGCUGGCUUAACCCCUUCAACAGCACUUAUCAGCAGUCGUACUCAUCCAAAGCUCAACAUGCCCUCAAGAAUACCCCUACCGGCCGGAGCCCUGUAAGGCUGACUGAGGAGCGAGAGCCAUCGAAGAGUACAAGCCAACGCUCAAUUAGUGCCCGAGAGAAUAUCUAUACGAUCCCUAACCUGCUUACCUCGACUCGAAUCUUACUUUGUCCACUCGUCAGCUAUACGAUCAUUCACGACCAGCAUCUUCUCAGCGGUGCAUUGCUAUUCUAUUGUGGAAUUUCAGAUUGGAUCGAUGGCAAGCUCGCGCGGAUGUAUCCCGAUCGAAUGGCCAGCGUCCUCGGGACCAUCCUCGACCCUGCCGCCGAUAAAAUCUUGAUGACCACAUUGGUACUUAGUCUGAGUUAUAAGGCAUUAUUACCCUUACCACUUACUUUGAUAAUCAUCGGAAGGGAUUUACUCCUAUCACUCUCCGCAUUCUAUUUCAGAUACCAAUCUUUACCACUUCCAAAAACGUUUUCUAGGUUCUGGGAUUUCUCUUUACCUUCGGCCAAAGUUACACCGACCCAAAUCAGUAAAUAUAACACAUUCCUGCAAUUGAGUCUAGUGGGAUUGACGACCAUCAAUCCGAUCAUCCCCAUCGAUACACACACACCCAUGCUGAUCCUUCAAUGGACCGUUGCGACUACGACGAUAAUCUCUGGAUUAUCGUACGUGUUUUCGAGGAAAGCGAUCCGGUACAUUCGAUGA